AUGAGAAGAUUGAAGAAAAAGUGGAACAUUCGUGGGGAAUUGUCAUUGACUGACAUAGGUUGUGACUACUACAUCGCUAGGUUUACCAAUCAAGCGGAUUACAACUAUGUUCUCACACAAGGCCCUUGGUUACUGGAUGAUAAUUACCUCACAAUUAGAAAAUGGAUCCCAAAUUUUGUCCCGGAUGAUGGGGUCGAUAAGACUACUGCUCAAGCUGAGAGAGGGCAGUUUACUAGAGUCAGUGUGGAAAUUGAUCUUUCAAAACCCCUUCUCUCGAAGUUUAGGUUGAAGGGAAAUAUUUGGAGGGUUCAAUACGAAGGUAUUCGUAUGGUGUGUUUCAAUUGUGGGAAACUUGGUCAUGUUGCAGAUGAUUGUAAGCCACAAGAGGUUAUGGCUAACAAUCAAAAUGUGAGGAUAGAAGAGAAUCCCCUAUUUAAACCCAAUAACAAACCAGAAGAAGCAGAGGACUUUGUUUCAUGGAUGCUAGUCAAAAAACCGAUUCGAAAGUAUGUUCCUCGUCAACCUAAACCAUCUGGGAAGCCUGAGAAAGUAGCUAAUGGAUCAGUGGCGCGUGGAGCACAACAGUCUCAUGGUGGAGGAAAGAAUAUUACCGAGAAAUCUGGGCAGGGUCAAGAUUUUCUGUUUUGA